AUGUACAAGAAACUGAGUUUUACAAUAUGUUCCUUGUUCUUAUUUCUGGGUUUCACCAUUAUAGCUCAAGCAAAAGACUUCGAUAUUUCUGCCUAUGGUGGAAGCCCUAACGGGGACAUAACUGAGGCUCUCACAAAAGCAUGGACCGAUGCAUGUGCAGCCACUGAGGCUAGCAAAGUAUUAGUUGGUGCCGGGACUUACAAUAUGAAUGCAGUUGACCUUAAAGGGCCAUGUCAGGCUCCAACCAUUGAGAUGCAAGUUAAUGGUGUGAUUCAAGCACCAGCAGAUCCUGCUGCAUUAAAAGGGGUAGACCAAUGGGUUAAGAUAGGAUAUGUGAAUGCUUUCACAUUAUCUGGUACUGGAACUUUUGAUGGCCAAGGUCCAGCUGCUUGGAAAGCAAAUGAUUGUGCAAAAAAUCCGAAUUGCAAUUGGCCUACCAUGAACUUUGGAUUCAAUUUCAUUAAUAAUUCUUAUGUUAGGGGCGUGACUUCGAAAGAUAGCAAAAACUUCCAUGUUAAUGUCCUUUCAUGUAACAAUUUCAACUUUGAUGGGUUUAACGUUAGUGCACCUGGAGAUAGUCCAAACACUGAUGGAAUCCACAUUGGAAGAUCAAAUGGAGUGAGUGUUGCAAACACCAAUAUCGCUACCGGAGAUGAUUGUGUUUCGUUAGGUGAUGGUAACACAAAUGUCACCGUGGUAAAUGUGACCUGUGGACCUGGUCAUGGCAUUAGCGUUGGAAGUCUUGGAAGAUAUAAUAAUGAACAACCUGUUUCAAACGUUAAUGUUAAAAACUGUACAGUAUCUAACACAAUGAACGGUGUGAGGAUCAAGACAUGGCCUGGUACUCCAGGAGAUAUUACUAUUACUGAUAUGCAUUUUCAAGACAUCAUCAUGAAUAAUGUCCAAAACCCUAUCCUAAUAGACCAAGAAUAUUGUCCAUCAAAUCAGUGUGACAAAUCGACUCCAUCAAAGAUAAAGAUAAGCAACGUGAGUUUCGAGAACAUUAGUGGCACAUCUCAAACUCAAGAAGGAGUAGUUCUAACAUGUAGUAGUGGAGUACCAUGCUCUAAUGUUACACUUAGUAACAUUAAUCUCACAUUCAAUGGAGCUGCGGUAACUGCAAAAUGUGCCAAUGUCCAACCAACAAUUACAGGGACUGCACCAGCUUGUGCAGCUUAA